AUGGGUACUAAUGCAAGAUCAAAACAAGGGAAAGUGUUCAAAGUAGUGAAAGGCAAAAAGCCACUACAACCUCUAGUUACAAAUUUGGUUCAGAUCCCACCUGGGGAUAUUGACGGUAGUAAACCCCAAGCAAAGAGCACCAAAUCCAAGAAAAAAAAAGUGGCAGAGUUUAAUAAAGAGCCUGCUGCUGUGAAGAGUGUCGAGAACGCUAAGUAUGAUUAUGACGUCCUGCUGACGAAAUCACCGGAAAAUCCUAAGAAGUAUUCCUGGGCACCUGGUAGUAUUAGAGGACUACAGCCAUACAGUGGUGAUAUUCUUCCCAAUAACAACUGUCAAAUAACUUUAUCUGAUUCGAAUAAUGGCCGGAGGUUCGGGAACAUCAAGCUGAGCAAGGAAAGGUUUAAUUUAGAUAAGGGGAAUGAGAAUGUUAGUUUCAACAAUGGCAGACAACUAAAGGAGGAGGUUCAGCCAAUCAAAAGCCAAAACUUCACAACAGGCUCUAACAAAGUUAUACCAAUUCGAGACCGCUCGUUAUGUUUAAAAGAUUUUGAGCACCCACCAGAAUCAACCUCGACACCGUUAGAGAAUUCGAAGAGUGAAAAACUAACUUUCGACUGCAAUACACCAUUCAAUUUCUUUAGUGUUUGCGGAGAUCAAUAUUCUCCGUUAUUUGGGGCGUAUAACGACAAAUCCCCUCCUGGUGGUCAAUUCCGAGGAUUUUCCAAUUACCCUGGGUACGUACUGGAGUCGAGUAAUAAAAAUGCAAGUUUCAACGGUAACCAAGUUGGAAGAAGUAAUGCUGAACAAUUACCCAGUUUUGGACAAGUGUUUGGAACCAGCUAUAUGAAUUUCCCAACAAACGUCUCCCCGUUGCUGAAUAGAGUAGAAUUGCAUGACAAAAAACAGAAAAGAAUUCAACCUACAGGGCAACCCGGUAACAAGAUAUAUUCAGGUGGUCCUUCUUUUUCUGUGAACCUAAACAGUAUUUCACCUCCAGCCUACCCUGAUAAUGAUUUUGCCCGAUAUAACAAGGAGUUUUUGCCAGGACCUUACCCACCAUCAAUCAAUUUGUACGUUCAAGAGGAUAUAUCGAAGGGUUCUGAGGCAAACGACGACGAUACCAUCACAUACAGUUCUAGUGGUGGUGACGCUACUUAUCAAGGAAGUGAUUAG